CACUUGCACCAAAUCAGAUGACUGGGUGGCUACAACAUGCACACCCCACCCUGGUGCUCGUCUCGAUCUCCUCGUCGUUCCCCAAUCAUAGCCUUGCUCUGCCAUCUCUUCAAAAAGUUUAUUCAGCUGUGGCGGUGUCUUGGUGAGCAUAUUCUCGCCACAAACCGAGUCAAUCAGCUGCUUGUCUUCCGGGAAGAGGGCAUGGUAGAAGGUGCCCACCUUGAAGGCGUCGGUAAAACCAUGGUUGGGACACUUGAGGAAAAGACUGGUGAAUCUUUCCCAAGCAUCCCGGAUGGUCUCAUCUUCAUCCUAAGCAAAGUGGGUAAUUUGCUUCUUCAGGUCCGCCGUCUUGGACGGGGGAUGGUAGCGAGUGAGGAACUUGUCCGCCAGGUUGGCGAACGUGGAGAUCGAUCUAGGGGGCCUGGUGUCCAGACACUCCAUGGCCUGCCCCUCCAAAGUGAAUGGGAAGUACCUCAGCUGGAUGGCAUCGGCUGGGACCCCAUUUAUCUUGAUUCAAACGAUGAGCUCGUGGAAUCGCCUCAGAUGUGAUCGGGGGCACUCCCCCUCUUUUGCCACGGAAUACUACCGAGCCACGCAACAUAGUAAUGACCGAGGUGCUCACCUCAAAGUUGUUGGCUGGGACUUGAGGGUGCUGAAUGGGCGACCUCAUGUCCGCGGCUCUGGCGGUCUAGUAGUACCCCAUGGUUUGCUCCUUUGGAAGGACCACAUCAUGGUCCUGUGGGUCACCCAUCUUUUCUUCCUCGGCAAUUUACAGCUGUGCUAGAGCCUCCUCCACAGCCAGUCGUGCAUUUAGAGCCCACUUGAAGUUCCUACAGGUUCGUUCAAACUCUUGGUCUAAUGGUAGUAGAUCUCCCAACUGGCUACGGGUCAUGCACUACCUGCACACAAUCAGCAAAAGCAACCCGUGAAGGCACACAGGUGGAAGAGAGAAAAUGCAGUAAAGAAAAAUCUAGAGUAACAAACUUUCACGUUUCCCCAAUAACCUAGAGGGUCUCAGGCAACGGCGCAAAAACAUGACACGCUAAAACACAACACCAAACAGAGACCAAGUGUAAUCGCAGUCCGGAAAUGCAGUAACAUGCAAGCUCUAAUUGUCAACUCGGGGUCUAGAUCUACUGCCUACUUCGUGAAUAUCUACAAUCUAGCAAACGUAAGUCGAGUGAUUGUGAUUUAAGCAAAAGCAGUAAGAAAGCAGGAAAUGGUUC